ACGCACAAACUCCCUCACACAGGCGGUUGGCCUUCAACCCUGCGGCAUUUCCUAGACCGGCUCACCUCAGCGAGCGCGCCCGGGUCGGUGUGUGGGGUAGAGGGAAAGAAAGAGAAGGCGGGAAACCCGGCCUGCUCCGGAGGGAGGAGAGGAGCCCCGGCCCGGGUGGAGGAUGGCGGUCAGUCUGGAUAAAGAGGCCUAUUACCGGCGGGUCAAGCGGAUGUACAGUAACUGGAAGAAAGGUGAAGAGGAGUUUUCCGACGUUGAUGCCAUUGUAGUUUCGGUGGGAGUGGAUGAGGAGAUUGUGUAUGCCAAGUCUACUGCCCUACAGACAUGGCUUUUUGGAUAUGAGUUAACAGACACCAUAAUGGUAUUUUGUGAGGACAAGAUUAUUUUUAUGGCCAGCAAGAAGAAAGUUGAAUUCCUGAAGCAAAUUGCAAACACAAAGGGCAAUGAGAAUGCAAAUGGCACUCCAGCUAUCACACUGCUUGUUCGAGAGAAGCAAAAUGAAAGUAACAAGGCUAGCUUUGAUAAGAUGGUAGAAGCAAUUAAUGGCAGCAAGAAAGGAAAGCGCAUUGGUGUUUUUACCAAAGACAAAUUCCCAGGCGAUUUCAUGAAAAGUUGGUAUGACUGCCUGAAUAAAGAGGGUUAUGAAAAGGUAGAUCUUAGUGCUGCUGUAGCUUACACAAUUGCUGUGAAGGAAGACGGGGAAUUAAAUCUAAUGAAGAAGGCAUCUUUAAUUACCUCUGAUGUCUUUAACAAGUUCUUUAAAGAACGGGUCAUGGAGAUUGUGGAUGCUGAUGAGAAAGUACGGCACAGCAAGCUGGCAGAGUCUGUAGAGAAAGCCAUAGAAGAUAAAAAGUAUUUGGGUGGUACUGAUCCUUCUACUAUUGAAAUGUGCUACCCUCCUAUAAUCCAGAGCGGUGGAAAUUAUAAUCUCAAAUUUAGUGUGGUCAGUGACAAAAACCACAUGCACUUUGGGGCAGUCACAUGUGCCAUGGGUGUUCGCUACAAAUCAUACUGUUCCAAUCUAGUGCGGACACUUAUAGUGGAUCCCACACAGGAGAUGCAGGACAACUACAACUUCUUGUUAAAGUUGCAGGAGGAUCUGUGCAAGGAACUCAAGCAUGGUUCAAAAAUUGGUGAGGUCUAUCAUGCUAUUAUGGAUCAGGUUAAGAAGCAGAAACCAGAACUGAUGAGCAAGAUCACCAAAAACCUUGGCUUUGCCAUGGGCAUAGAGUUUCGGGAAGGUUCUCUUGUGAUCAACAGUAAGAAUCAAUACAAACUAAAGAAAGGUAUGGUAUUCAGCAUUCACUUGGGACUUUCUGAUCUUCCAAACAAAGAAGGGAAGAAGCAAGAGGAGAAGACUUAUGCCUUGUUUGUUGGGGACACCGUGCUUGUGAAUGAGGAGGGACCAGCAUCUGUUCUUACCAGUGUUAAGAAGAAAGUGAAGAAUGUGGGCAUCUUCCUAAAGAAUGAAGAGGAGGAGGAAGAGGAAGAGAACGAUGAAGCGGAGGAUCUCUUGGGCAGAGGAGCCAGAUCCGCUGCAGUAAUCACUGAAAGGACCAGAAAUGAAAUGACGGCAGAGGAGAAAAGACGCACCCAUCAAAAAGAACUUGCAGCCCAGUUAAAUGAGGAAGCGAAGAGGAGGUUAACAGAGCAGAAGGGAGAACAGCAGACAAUGAAAGCUCGCAAGUCUAAUGUCUCUUACAAAAACCCAUCUCAAAUGCCAAAAGAAUCAGAGAUCCGGGAGAUGAAACUUUAUAUAGAUAAGAAGUACGAGACUGUAAUUAUGCCUGUUUUUGGCAUUGCUACCCCGUUCCAUAUUGCCACCAUAAAGAAUAUCAGUAUGUCAGUUGAAGGUGAUUAUACUUACCUCCGAAUCAACUUCUACUGCCCAGGCAGUGCCCUAGGGCGCAAUGAAGGAAACAUAUUUCCCAACCCUGAUGCCACAUUUGUAAAGGAAAUAACCUAUCGAGCCUCCAAUAUGAAGACCCCAGGUGAAACAUCUGUGCCAUCACUAAACUUGCAGAAUGCUUUCCGCAUAAUAAAGGAAGUGCAGAAACGAUAUAAGACCCGGGAGGCAGAAGAAAAAGAGAAAGAGGGCAUCGUCAAACAAGAUUCUCUCGUAAUCAACCUCAAUCGUAGCAAUCCCAAACUGAAAGACCUUUAUAUCAGGCCAAACAUUGCCCAGAAGAGAAUGCAGGGCUCUCUUGAAGCCCAUGUAAAUGGUUUUCGCUUCACGUCUGUUAGAGGAGACAAAGUGGAUAUUUUAUACAAUAACAUCAAACAUGCACUUUUCCAGCCGUGUGAUGGAGAGAUGAUUAUUGUACUUCAUUUUCAUCUUAAGAAUGCCAUAAUGUUUGGAAAGAAGAGGCAUACAGAUGUCCAGUUCUAUACAGAAGUUGGAGAGAUCACAACAGAUCUUGGAAAACACCAGCACAUGCAUGACCGAGAUGAUCUUUAUGCUGAACAGCUGGAGCGUGAAAUGAGACACAAGUUGAAAACUGCGUUCAAGAACUUUAUUGAAAAGGUUGAAUCUCUCACUAAAGAGGACCUUGAAUUUGAGGUUCCUUUUAGAGACUUAGGGUUUAAUGGAGCUCCCUACAGAAGUACCUGCCUCUUGCAACCCACCAGCAGUUCUCUAGUCAAUACUACCGAGUGGCCACCAUUUGUAGUAACUUUAGAUGAAGUGGAACUUGUGCACUUUGAGAGAGUCCAGUUUCACCUGAAGAAUUUUGAUAUGGUCAUAGCCUACAAGGAUUACAGUAAGAAGGUUACAAUGAUCAAUGCCAUUCCUGUGGCAUCACUUGAUCCAAUCAAGGAGUGGUUAAACUCUUGUGAUCUCAAAUAUACAGAAGGUGUUCAGUCGCUGAACUGGACUAAAAUUAUGAAGACUAUCGUGGAUGAUCCUGAGGGGUUCUUUGAACAGGGUGGUUGGUCCUUCCUUGAACCAGAGGGCGAGGGAAGUGAUGCAGAGCAUGCAGGUUCAGAGUCUGAAGUAGAAGAUGAGACCUUCAACCCAUCUGCUGAUGAAGUUGAAGAGGAGGAGGAGGAUAGUGAUGAGGAUUAUUCUGAUGAGUCGGAAGACUCUGUUUACAGUGAAGAAUCCUUGGGUACUGAUGAAGAGAGUGGGAAGGACUGGGAUGAACUGGAAGAGGAAGCCAGGAAAGCUGACCGCGAGAGCCGUUAUGAUGAGGAGGAGGAGCAGCAGCAGCAGCAAAGCAGAACUAAGAGGAAGAGUCACGGACAUACUCCCGCCCCAGCAAAAAGGAGGAAGAAGUAACAUUUUCAGCUCUUCUAUCCCAUCCACUCAUACUUAUUUUUUUUUACUUUGGAGAAAAUCCCCAGUUCAACUCAUUCCUCCCCCUAUUCUGACGUUCUUGCCUUUCCUACACCUUAUCCUGUGAGUCUGAGGUGCAUCGGUUUUGCUUUGCUGCUACAGACUGCUGUGAUGCUAUGUGAUGGUUUAAUGGACCAAUAAGGCAUUGUUUUAUUACUAAUUGUCCUCUUACCUUUGAACUGGACUGAUCGCAGAGUAGAAACCAUCAUGAAUUUCCAUGGCACACAAGAGAUGGCCCACCAGUCUCCAGAAGGAUUUGUCAUUGUAUCUAUACACCCUUUCACUUCUACAUGGACUAUGAUGCUGUGACGUUUGUGGGUGAAGGUUGCACUGCCAGCCUGUGUGGUUGGUUGUGUGCCUGUUUAACCGCUGUGCAUUUGACCAAUCUCUUUGCCUCAUCUAAUAGCUUGCCCAUUCUCUUAUUUCCUGUGUUGCUCUGUUAGGAUUUCCAGUAAUUUACUUUUUAUUUGCAAAAUAUUUUUGUUUAAAAGUAUGCAGUCUGUUGUCAUUCUCCUCGCUGCUUUUCCCUUUACUGUGACAUUUGGCUCUUCUCCACUGCCAAGGUGACUUUUUUCCCCCUGAAUUUCCUUUUUUCAAUUUCAGCUUUCUCCUUUUUGGUUCUCUAUAGCAGUGAGGUGUAAAUGAUGUUUUUCAGACUUUGGAGAAAUGUAAACAAAUAAAAAAUGUUUUUGUACCUUUUUUUUCCCCGUUUGCAAUUUUUUGAGAUUUCUGUGGUAGAUGCAGAGCAUUUUUACUAAACACUUGGAUUGUGUUGAGCAACACUUGUAAAUGACACCUGGAUUGUUAAGUCCUGUUCUAAGACAAUAAAAUAAGAUUCCUCAGGGAUACUACUACA